AUGUCCGUAAAGCACAAAAAGGUCCUCCUCUGCUUUCACGGCACCGGCUCCAAAGGCGCUAUUUUCAAUGUACAACUGGCGAGGAUCUGCUUUCUAUUGGGAAGCGAGUUUGACUUCAUAUUCCUUGACGGUCCAUUGGAGUGUGCUGCCGGACCCGGCGUUCUACCCUUUUUCGCGAAACAAGAACCUUACUAUUGUUGGUUUGCCGGCAGCGGCACCACCAUCGACGAGAGCAUGACGAGUAUCAUCGCCUCUGUUGAAAAGUCCAUUGCUGGAUGGAAGGCUGCCAAUCUUGAUGCCGAGGCGGAGAUUGUUGGUGCCAUUGGCUUCUCCGAGGGUGCUCUGACGCUGUCGCUUCUCCUGUGGAUGCAGCAGCAGAAUCUGGUGCCCUCACUACCACGCCUUUCAUUUGCCGUCAUGAGUUGCUGCUUUUUCCCUGUAGAGGCAUCAAAAUGGCUUACUGCAAAGGCAAACGCUCAAGGCGAGUCACAGGCUUACAUCAAUGUGCCUACGAUCCAUGUCCAUGGCAAUAGAGACUUCUGUCUCGGACGAGCACGGAGACUGGUACGGAGUCAUUACAAGAGCGAGAAUGCAACGGUGUUGAUGACAGAGGCGGCGCAUCACCUGCCAACUAAAAAGGAUGAGGUGGACAAUGUGGUGGACCAUAUUCUACGGUUGUCAAAAGCUACUGCCAUCUGA